AUGUCAGGUCAAAGGAAGUGUCCAGACUGUGGCUCUUCAGAAAUAGUAGAGGAUUCUCACUAUGCACAGAACCAGCUGGUAUGUGCAGACUGUGGCUUCAUCCUGACUGAAGGACUCCUCACAACCACUUACACUGAUGAAGAGCAUUUGCAAGCGGUGACUUAUUCACGAAGUACUGGUCAAAAUGAACAGCUGAGCCGAUGUGUGCUAAGAGGGAUUGGGCGUGUUCGGGACCUCUGCAAAGUUCUUCACCUUCCCUCUCUGUUCGAAGACACAGCUGUGGCCUAUUACCAACAGGCAAUCAAACGCCCCUUCUUCCGCCUGGUCAGCUUGGAGAAGAAAGAGAUCCUGGUGGGCUGUUGCGUCUUCGUGACCUGCCGGCAGCACAACUGGCCCCUGACCAUGGGCUCCAUCUGCUUGCUGCUCUAUGCAGAAAAGGAACUGUUUGCCAAGACCUACUUGAGCUUCUUGAAGGAACUAGAACUAGAUGUACCAGCUCUGAGCUUGAUAGACCUGGUGAAAACUCACCUUGGCAGCUUUAAGCUAUUCCCGAACUCAUCCAGUGUCCCAAGCAAGUUUGUGGAGGACAAGGAAAAACUGGUGGCCAGGACAAUCCAGGUGGUGGAGCUUGCCAGUGAGACGUGGCUGGUGACCGGGCGGCACCCCAUCCCCAUAGUCACAGCGGCAGCCUACCUGGCUUGGCAGUCUCUGUGCCCUGCUGGUCGCCUCACUUGCACCCUUUCCCAGUUCUGCAAGCUUGCCGGAACGGACCUGCCGCCACCAGCUCCCCAGCGGCUGAAGGAACUUCAUAACAUCCUCCUCAGGAUGGCAUCCGAGCUCAGCUGGUUGCGAGUGCUCAAGGUGAACAAGAAGAGCGUGGCAAAACACAUGGCAGACAUUCUGCAGCACCGCCGCCUGCUCCUGCAAACUGCCUUCCGCACAGGGGACUUUGUGGGAGAUGACUCCGUGGGCGACUCAGCAGCAGCGCCACUACAGCCCGGAGAUAGAGACACAGAAGGGACCUCUCUUCCGGGAGAGAAGCGCAAGUGCAGCAGCGAGCGGCCCCCCUUGCUCCCACCCUGCCUCCUUAACCCCAGGAAGAAGUUGCGAGCAACCGUUUCCUGCUCAGAGCUCUCAGUCACUGGAGAUGAGCCCAUUCUGGACAGUGAAAUAGAGCAAUACCUUCGGACCCCAGAAGAAAAGGAGACAUUCAGCAAAGCCCAAGCCUGCCUGCGAUGCUGAAGCUGAAGGGAUUCAGGGAGGCGUGCAGCCACUGUGCUGAGGUCUUCCGGUCUGCAGCUUAGGGUUCCAGAGCUGUUUCCCUCCCAACUGCCUGGUUGUGGGGAAGUGGCCUUUAAACACCUCUCGCCCAGAAAGGACCAUGAGAACAA